CUUCGUUAUUAUUGAGCCCACAGUCUUAUAUGACAGCGGUAACUCACAGAAAUCAGGAAAUCGGGUUAGAAAUCAGGAAAUCAGGUUAGAAAUCACGUUAGAAAUCAAGAAAUCGCAUUAUAAAUCAACAGAAAUCCGUUUGGAAAUCAACAGAAAUCAGAUUAGAAAUCAAGAAAUCAGGUUAGAAAUCGUGUGAUUUCGAAAUCUCGUACGCUUCAUGUGGCCGUGUCGGACCCCUCGAGUUGAGUGGCCAGUCUUGUGGCCAUUCAAUUAUAUUUUGCUUAACAUGACGUACCCACCUUCGGCUCGCGGGCACAACAAUAUGGUGGACGAAGCACAGUUUUGUAGAAAAUGUUAAAAUUUUCGAUUUACAAGACUACAACGGUUUGUAAAUGGAAACCAAUGCCGAAAGUUAUUGGGGAGAAGUUGUUGAAGAGACUCCUAGCACGAGCGAUAUAAAUUUUGAUGAAUUGUUCAAACCAGAAGCAGCUGAAUGCGACGAGUUGAAACUUCAUCAAGUCUCCUCGAAAGAAAAUGUGUCAAAAGAGUAAGUUCAACGUUACGUUUGUGCAAGAAAAAAGGUUUAAUAAUCAAGUGAAUUAUGUACAAUAGUGGUUUUAUUAUAAUGUCACACCAUUAAAAAUAUAUUUCACGGUAAAUUUUAUAGUAGAGUAUUAUAAACAAAAUCAAUAUGAGUAUGACAAUAUGUACAAAUACAAUGAUAUGUACAAAUACGCCAGAUUUUGAUUCGAAGACCUGUCUUACCAAUUGUCAGGGUAAGAAUUUGGGUCACUAUUCAUAAACAGCGACACAUGAAUCUACAAUGGGAAGAAAGACUUUGAGAAAACCACUAAACCACCAGUGUCACCCCAAGCACGUCUUUGUACCGGUACUUUGUAAUUGUCCUGUUCAAACUUUUAGAUACUACUGAAUGUACAUCACGUUUUGGUAUGAUUUGUUUAUAUUGCGGUUUUGUCCACAGGUCUUCGAACCAAAAUCUGGCGUCAAUUCAGCCUCCACUAGACUCUCAUGGGCAGAACUUGCUUCUUCAUUCUAUUGAGUUGAAACAUCACAUCAGAAAGAUGAUGCUCAUGAAAAUGGCUGCUCAACAUCAACAAGCCGGUGGGAGUGUAAGUAAUCUUGACUGCAUCCAAUACAGGACAGUAUAGCAUUAUUUUUAAGAAUAUUUCAUUAUUAUUGAACCACUAAUCUACAACUUUUGUGGUACACAUAUACUAGACAGAGCAGUACAGUAUAUAUACAAUACAAUACUAAUUAAUAAAUAUAGUACGUACAUUAAUUUAAUAACUAAAUACACAUAUAGUACUCGUAAACAUGUUAAACUUAUCAUAUUUCAGUUAUUAAUCAAUAAGCUCCGAGGUUGAUGUCUAGAAAGUCGGCAAGAAGAUAAAAAUGUAAUUUUAAAAGAAAGGUUUUAAUUUUCUGGUAAUUCAGACAAAAGCCACGGCAUCUUAUUGUGGUUUAGUAUCCACACAGGCUCCUUGCAUUGUACAAGUCAUUUCGACCAAUAUAUAUGAAACUGAAUAUUUUUCCAGAAAAAUGAGAAUCUUCCUCAACUUCCAGCUGCUCCUCCGCCACCAAAGAAAUAUUGUGGAAAAAAUGGGAUAUACAUUCGACCACAUCAGAGAGGAUUUUUAUCCAAUCCUACUGAAGUUGACACAACAAGGUAUUAACCCAUUGAGUCGCAUUGCGCCCUGAUGCACCCUACUUUAUUAUUUUAUUCUGUCUAAUGCCAGAUGAUUUUACUCGUCAAGGGGAGAGCGCUCUUGCUAGUCACAGGGCCACGGGUUUGAUUCCGGCCAGGGACCUCAAGUUUAAUUUUUUUGCAGCUGUUCCUGGUUAGGUCUAAUAAAAUGUAUAUAAAUUUCCACUCGAUAAUUUCCAUCUACAAUACCCUUCAACUAUUAUACAAUUGAGUGAGAUGUAGGACAGUUCGGUAUACCGAUAUGCCGAAAAUAUCAGUAUUAAAUCAAUAUCGAUACCGGAUAUUCAACCAUACCGAUAUACCGAAAUUUCGGAUUUACCGGAAUUUUUCAGUAUACCGUGUUAAAUUUACCAACUAUAUGGGGAAACUGUAACCUUUAUUUUACUACUGAAUGGCAAUUCAGAGAACUUUCUACUGCAAUGAUUUAGAAUGUCCACUUCAGUGAGAUUUUACACUGAGUACAUGCAUGUCAUUCGAAACAUGUUCAAAACAGCUUCGAAAUUAUCAUUUUCCCUUUUAGAAUUACUCAAAAUUUCCUUUAAACUUCCAUUAAAGAAUUUUCCUUUAUAAUUAUCAAAGGAAAACCGGUAUACCGAUAAUAUCGGUAUAAUUUUUUCGGUAUGCUGAUACCGGAAAAUUCUCAUACCGAACAUUCCUAGUGAGAUGCCAACAAAAUCUUGAUAUCUGUGUUAUUUAACAGUUGCUUUUGACCAAUUAAAGGAAAAGGUUGAUUUAUGUCUUGCUAUGUAUGGGUUAGAAUCAGCAGUUAAGGUCAGGGUGAGAAAAUGGUUAGGAACUCAGACCAACGUGACAUGAAUCUGUAUAACCCAAUGGAUCAUUCCCCAGUUAACCAAAAUUUUUAUCUCAACAAGUCUAGACAAAAUUCCAUCAUAGCAUGAAAGAGCAUCACAAUAUUAGUAAUAUUCCAAAGUUUCGUUGCGAAAUGUUGUAAAAUGCGGAUAAUACAGCCUUGCGAAAUUUGCAAUUUUCAGUCAUUUUAGAUUACAAACGGGAAAUGGUUACCACUUUUCCAAAAUUUUGAUCUUAACUAGCCUAAACAAAAAUUUCAUCACAGCUUGAAAGAGCAUCACAAAAUUAGUAAUAUUCCAAAGUUUCGUUGCAAAAUGUUGUAAAAUGCGGAUUAUAUAGCCUUGCAAAGUUUGUAAUUUUCAGUCAUUUUGUAUUACGCACAGAAGUGGUAACCAUUUCCCGUUUGUAAUCUAAAAUGACUGAAAAUUGCAAACUUCGCAAGGCUAUAUUAUCCGCAUUUUACAACAUUUUGCAACGAAACUUUGGAAUAUUACUAAUUUUGUGAUGCUCUUUCAAGCUGUGAUGAAAUUUUUGUCUAGACUUGUAAAGUUCAAAAUUUUGGUUAAUUGGGGAUUGGUCCAUUAAAUAUGUUUAAUUUUGACUCAUUUAGUGCAUUUAUCACUGGUCAUGGUAGCAGUCCAGUUGAGUUGGAUAGUAAUGCAUUGCGAUGUCUUACAUAUAAAGCUAUUGCUGCAAUAUGUUGCCAUUGUGGUUAUGAAAGUAAGUUACCGUAAUUAAUUUAAUCCUCGAAAAAGAGGGCGCUUAAAUAAAGAGGGAGUAUUUCAUUUGAGAGGGGUAUAACAGAAUGCCUGAUAAUUAUUUCCUUUGUUGCCCUAUAAGUUUUACUUGAAUUUUAGUCUUAUUUGGCAUAGUUGUGUGUGGAUUGUAGUUUCACCUUUUUUCAUUGUUGUAGGUGCACAUGAUUUAACUUUAGAUGUAUUGAGUGAUGUUUUGGCAGAUUUCUUGAAACGUUUUACAAAGUUAUUACGAAUUGCGGCUGAUGCUGAAGCAUCGCAGAGAGAGUCCAGAUUUCCCGUAAGUACACACACAUUUUCCUGGGUUAUGGCUAGGGUUUCUGGGUUGUGGGGGAGUGUGCUCAUAUGAGCUGACUAUACAAUACAAAGAGAUCAUUUGCAUAUAAUUAUCUUGAUUUCCUUAUAGGCUUAGUGUAUUUUGUACAAUUUUAUCUUUAAUCUGAACUCGUUUUUGUACAUUAUUGGUUAUCGCAUAUGGAAUCCUUGAUUGAUUUUUCUAGAAUCAAUUUAGCAAAGAUUUAACUGAGAUCAAAAUCGAAUAAACUCAAAUUUCACUCUUGUGCUGUUGUACAUGCAUGGUAUAUGCAUAAAAAUAAUGUAAUAAAAAUUCCAAACAAGUGGGUGAAUGCACUUCUUACUAGACUAUAGUGUAUGCAGGCAAGCAUCAUUUCAGCGUGCAAGUGCCGCUAGCAGGAAUGUUUUGAAUUUGAGGCACAUUUUGAAAUCUUAUUAAAUUCUUAAACAUCUUAACAAUGUUUAGUUCUCUAAACCAAAAAUACGAUGCUUUUUGCAGGCACAUAUCCUGAAGUUAUUAAUUUUGCUUGCACACACUAAAUAAUAUUAAUGAACCCUGACAUGUGUGGCAAGAACGUUUUGAAGCAAAUGCUUGUUGUUAAACACGCACACAUACUUUUCAGAAUGUUUUAGAAUACGUACUUCAGGAGACCGGAGCGGGUGGUUUAAAUACAAUAUGGCAGUAUUGGUCCAACAAUGUUCUAGAUAAUGCCCUCAAGCUGCAGCAAGAGGACCACAGACUUAUGGCCGACUAUGAGAAAUUGGCAUGAAUUGUGAAGUAGUCCGUUAUUAUUUCUAAAAUUAACUCGAGCAUUUUUUGCUUCAAAUGAAAUUGCCGAUUACAGACUUUCAUACAAGCUGUGUUGUUAAUUUCAUAUCAGACCUAUGAACUUACUGCAGGGGCUUUCGAAAGUCUACAUAUAUUCGCAGAUGGGAAAAUCCCAAAACAAGUUGCAUGGUAUAAUUGCCUUGUAACAUACAAGAUUCAUCUAAAGGCCUGUUUGUAUACUUGUAAUUUGUGCUGCGAUUUAAGGUGUGAUCUUCGUCUUCUGAUGAAUGUGAACGAGUGGACGAGUUAUGAAUGUUGAGACGAGGAUAUACAUAAUUAUACUCAAAGUCAACAUUCACAACUGAUUUGCUCAUUCACAUACAUCAGAAGAAGAAAGUCAUACUAGAAAUCGAUGCAAAAACUGCAAGUGUAAACGGUCUGUGCCAGUUUGGCUAUUACAUGAAAAAUAUAUGUGGUACAGCAAAUUCGUAGUCACUUGCAUGCAUGAAACACAUUAGCCAUUCCGAAGUUGAUGAGAGGACUGGGGACGAGUGUUAAAAAGUGCCCAAAUUAAGAAAUGAACCAAAUGACUAAAAAGACCACCUUAAAAUUAGUAAGUAUACAAAGUUUGAAGACGUUCACAUGAAUACCCUUCGAAUAAUAAGCGAUAUUUACUAUGAAUUGUACUGUAAGUUUUGUUUUGGGGGACGCGCGUCCCAAAAACAGUCUUUUAAUCAGUAAUUUCACAAUUUUCGAAAGCUUAUUAUUCGAAGGGUAUUUAUUAUGUAAACGUCUUCAAACUUUGUAUACAUACUAAUUUUGAGGUGGUCUUUUUAGUGAUUUGUGAUCAUUUCUUAAUUUGGGCACUUUUUAACACUCGUCUCCAGUCCACUCAUCAACUUCGGAAUGGCUAUUUGAACGACACAAUAAUCUGCAAUAGUCUACAUGUAAUUAUGCAAGUUCACUACUAUCACUGGAAUUUUUUUUCAACAUCCUUACUAUGGAAGUAGUAUACGGAUCUUCGUUGGAAGUAGUAUGGAAACCCAAUUUUCAUACUAAGGCAAAAAAAAAUAUGUGGGUUUCCGGUUUCUUCUUAUAAAAACUUAGGUAGGGUAGGUCGGUUUUAAUUUAUUUUUUUUAACUUUUUAAUUUUCCUGACAACCGGACGCCAUUUUGUUUAGUCAGUGCUUCCACAUCCAAAGAUAAAUUUCCCUAAUAUUGCCUCAAAUUUCAAUUUUCCACAAACAUUUUCCUCUAAGUGGAAACACUUACAAGCAUGAUCCAGUAAAAAAGUUUAGGGUCGGGAUUUCGACGUCCAAAAGCUAGGUAGGGUCGGGAAACCGGAAACCCACAUAUUUUUUUUUGGCCUAAUUGCAUUUUUGUGAUGCAAUCGCAAAUUCCGUAGUAUGGAUUUAAUUAUUUUGUUCCAGUGAUAUCAGAAGUCAAAACUAUAAAAUCAACGUGUGUUUUAAGAUGCACCAAAUCUGCAACGCAGACGCGACUAAAAAAACAGUCGCUAAUAAUUUGAGACUAGUGUUACUUUGUUUUUCUCGUGUCCCUGGCUUUGUUUACCAACACAGUCAUCCAUAGUUUUUACCCGUGAGGCGAAACUGUGAUAAUAGCGGCAGUUUUUCGUCACGUCCGCGUCGUAGAUGUGGCGUAUCUGCUGGGGAUUGAGAUAGAUCAAACUACAUGAAAAAAAUACAAGCAGAACUUCUGAAGUUUGAAGUUCUCGCUUCGAAUUCAUUCAGGCUGUUGUAUCAUCGCUACACAGACCGUGCGAGUGAAAUGCGUUGAGUGAAAUUUCCAUGAAAUUGCAUUGAUCUUUCCAAUCAGAAUUGAGUAUUUUUUUCAUGUAUAUUAUGGGAAUUUUUCAUACUCGCCUGUGAGGCUUGUACAGUGUUAGAUUUGAAAGCUCAUACAGACAGAUAUUCUCAUGGGCGUACCGGAAGGAAAAAAUCAGGGGGGCGGAAAGAAAAUUGCCCGACUUUUCUGGAUUCUGCCCGACUAGUACCAAAAAUUUUUUUCCGGAAAAAUUAUUUUGUCAGUGUACCAUUUUAGGGGUCAAAAAAAUUUUCCGGACAACCAAUAUUUUUCCGAACAUGACACAAAUUUUCGAAAAAUAACAAAAUUUGCCAAAAAAUUGACUUAAUUUUAGACAAAAUUGUCACAAUUUGUCCCAUUUUUUUUAUUGCAAACCAAAAUUGCCCGACUGUUGAUCGAAUAUUGCCCGACUGCCCAAAAAACUGGGGGGGGCUACCGCCCCCCCCCCGCCCCCCCGCCCGGUACGCCUAUGGAUAUUCUGAAUUUAAAAUACUUGCGGUUCAUCAAACGGAAGGAUAUUAAUAAGUGGCAGUUCCCAAAACACUCAACCGGAGCCAUUGGCAAGCACCACAUCUUUUUAUCACUCGGGCUUUCAAAGAGGCUAUCUCAUGAAAGAUUAUUGCCCCGAGGUGAAAACGGCAAACAAGUUUGAACACGUUCUUUUGCAUGACUAGUCUUUGAAGGAUUGACACACGUGAAAGUUUAAACCACUCUGAAAAACAAACCAUUUCGAGCGGUUGUCCGAACAUAUAGUUGUACUAUAGUUAACUGUGUAAUGAUUUAGUCAAAGCUUAAUAUACACUUAUUCCAGAAUAUGUUUUUAUCAGAAAAGGCCGUCUGUAGUGACUUUUAAAAGAAGAACAUUCGAGACUAUGCUGUCUGUCUAAAGGUAAGAAUUGUGCAUGACAAUAUAUAAUAUUAGCUUUAGUAAACUGGCCUUGUUGGUGUCUGAACUGACAUGAAGAUCUGAUUAAAACACUUUCGAGCGCGACGUCCCUUGCUCAGGAGGUUAUAGCAGGGCCUUCUCGCGGAACCUCGAGGUGCUUUUAGUCUUUUUCAGGUAGUUUAGGCACAAAACAUGCCAUACUAUAGGCUAGCAGAAUGUAGAAUACUGCCUACAGCAGUAUAGGCUAUAUACACUGGCUUCCACCUUUGACAUUUUAAUGCAGUAUAAUUAAUUAUACGUUGUACACUAAGAGCUAGGGAUAGACAGUAUACUUGGUGUAUUGUUAUUGUGGAUAUUUUGGUAUGGGGCAGGUUGCAGCUAUAAAUGUUAUCAAAUUUGUUAGUUCUUGUAGACGGCUUUAAAGCGCCGAAUUCAAAUGCACACGUGUUUAUUACAUUUAAACAAAGAUUAAACCUACAGUGCAUGUAGCC